AGAAACAUGAAGACUUUAGUCUGGAUGCGAUCAAGUUUCCUUAGUACUUUGGCUUUCUGAGAGAGAAAAUUAAAAAUCUCUGGGCCCUUUCAAAAAAAAUCCAAUCAACAAAAAAAUGAAGUCAGGAAAUCAGGCAUCAUGAGUUCAGAUACGGAUGUACACAAAAGUUCCUCCCCGGCUGCCAGGACUGCCACUGCCGUGGAAGAGCCAGAUGAACCUGAUGGCCCCCUUCUUGGCUCAGCCAGUGACCAAGAGAAGAAAGUAAGAUUAUCUCCAGCCAAAAUGUCAACCAAGAAUUCUACAGAUCUAGUUGAAUAUGUUGACAAGGGUCGUUCUUUUCUUCCUGCCAUUCCAAACACCCAGAGAAGUCAGCUAGAAGACAGACUGAACAACCAGGGUCGCACCAUAGCUUUCCUCCUUGAACAAGCUUUCCGCAUCAAGGAGGAUAUCUCUGCCUGUCUUCAGGGGACACAUGGCUUUCAAAAGGAGGAGUCACUUGCCAGGAAGCUUCUGGAAAACCACAUCCAGACCAUCACCAGCAUCGUCAAAAAACUCAGCCAGAACAUUGAGAUGUUGGAAGAACAAAUAAAAGCUCGAGAUGUGGCAGCCACAGGAACUAAUUUUGCAGUACAGGACCUAAACACCAAACACCUUCAAGGAGUUGGAGAUCUUCGAGGAAGAGUAGCCAGAUGUGAUUCCAGCAUCAUGAAGCUUUCUGGAGACAUUCACUUCAUCAGGCACGAGCACCGGCAACUCGAGAAAACAAUUCAAGAGCUCAUGUCCGCCCUAGAAACUGUUUCUAAAAACUUGGAUAUGAAGGUAAUGCAGCUCUUAGGAAAAAUAGAGGCUUCCAGUUCUGAGCAAAUCUCAAAUUUAAAGAUGGUCCAGGGGGAUUAUCACCAAGAAAUGAACCUUUUGGAGUUCAAAUUUAAUUCCCUUUCAACGAGCCUAUAUGAAGAAAUGGAGAACUAUCAAAAAUGGACAGAAAACCAGUCCAUCAGAUGUGAACAAGACCACCUUAGCCAUGUAAAUCAGUGUCUGAAGCUCCUGCAGGAGAAACUGGAUAUGUCUGAAAAAAAAAUGGAAGAAAAAUUACUGAAGCUUUCAAGCAAAUUAGAGAAUUUCAUUAACAGGCAGAAACAGGAAGCAGAUCUAAACAAAGUAAAGGAUAUAGAAAAUAAACUGUCCAAAAAGAUGAACCAACUGGAAAAGCACAUCUGGGGUGAAUUAGAGAAAAUGCAGACUGAAUAUCAAUCAGGAUUUAAAUCGAUUCAUGACUCUCUCAACUCCCUCCAACGAAUACAGAAAACAAAGAUGGAUUUAGAGAAAUAUAAAGUACAGAAAGACCUAAAGAAAUUGCAGUGUAAGAUAGUGGAACUUCAGGAAGUAUAAACUUUCCAGUCAUCUUCCUUUUCACCAGCCAGUGGAGUGGUUUGUUGGCAAAAGUUGGGAAGAAGAAAGCUAAUAUCUCUGGGAUGUUUACUGCUUCUAUUUCUUACCACCUUUUUAAGGAGAUGAAUGUACCAGGAAACCCAAUAAAGCAAAGAA